AUGAUUCAAACACAGAUAGACAAGGUGGAAAAUAUCUAAAUUCAAAAUAUUUCUAUAUUUUCUCAACAGGACAUUUUGUACUAUAUCGAGCAGGAAACGACAGCCGCUGGACUGAGCUCCCCAUUCAUCUCCAGUGUAUUUUUCGAAAGUUUGGGAAACUUGCAGAAUUUUUCCAAAUAUCAUGGCUAUCAGUUUUUUGACGUUAGUUGAUUCUGAAAUUCAUAGGCAAGGACCCUUUAUGGGCUCUUUGAGUGUCCGUUUUGGGUUCAAAAGGUUUCCAUAAAUUGUCUCUAAACGGUUUCCUUCUUACUGCCUUUUUCCGCCCUUUCAUUGACCGUAUUCGACCCUUUUUGGACCUUUCUGAGAAAUUUUUUAAAUUGAGAAUAAUCUUUACCAGUGACGGUGUAUGAACCAAAAUGUGCUACAGUAAUAAAAUCGGAAAUGACCGAGACUUUCUUCACUCUUUUGUCACCCCUUUGUGAGGUUUUUUAGCUCACCAAGAAGGAAAGGCUCAAUAAAGGCCCCAAAACGGAACCCUUUUAGCGGCCGUUUUCCGCCAUUCCGACUUUGACAACGUUUUGUAGUUCAUUCUUUCCAGCUUUUUUUUUUCGAAGAAGUUGGAUUUGUAGAAACCAAAUAUGGGAGCUUUCGACAUCAUCUACCUGGAUUUCGAUCACGUCUUCCGAGUUGAAGCGUUCCAGAAAAAGAAUAACAAACCCUACUUUCUUAUCACCCAUCUGAUGUACCACACUGCGCCCGGAGUCUAUGACUACUUGUUGAAGUUCAAAAACUUUUCUGUUCCACGGUAAGAAGUCCUUUAAGUGACCCGAACCUUGUGCGAUGGUUCGCGAAAAACGCCAACACUUCGGCUCACCCAAAACUGGUCCCUUUAGCUAUCGGGCUGACUGAGGAUAACGCGAUGAAGCAGAAGAUCGUGAUUGACGCGGCUCGACGGCAAAAGUUGGUUUUUUAUUAAAGAAUCAGGGCCCAAAAACAGCCGAAAAAACGACACGCUGAAGUGCGCUCUACGGCUAACUAUUUUUGUUUACCUCCUUAAUUUGACCUCGGUAAUGAAAACCGGAAGUGCUCCACACGUUUUUGAGCCCUUCUAGGGAUCACUAAAGAGGGCUGACGCUACUAAAGUGGUCACUAGAACUGCGCAGAAACGUCCGUUUCUCGUUACCAAUGGCCGAGAAUCUGUUGCAAAUUUCUUAUAGUUAUUCAUCUAGUUUUUCUAAAUCGGAAAAAGGAUCUUUUUAGAAAGUUUUCGGAUCGAUCGAUUGAUUUGUACAUAAACAUUGGGAAGAGCUCCCACAAGAGCCGAUUCGGACUGUUUGAUUUGUGCAAUUCCACGUCUUUCAAGACAGUUUGCAGGUUUGGAGAGUUAAAACUUCGAGGGAAAUUAUAGAAUGACUCAUUAUCAGAACCUUAUGGGGCUCAGUAUAUUCAUAAAAGCAAAAAAACGGUCUUCAAAGAGAAAAAUCGCCUGACUCCUUUCCGAUAGAAACUUGUCUCGAAACGAACCGCCCUGCGCCUUUAAAUCCCUCUUAAGUCAUCGAAAAACAUUGCAUCAAUUCAGAAACCGCGAUCGGACUUUCAAGGAAUAUUUGGAAGACAUGGCUGACUCGAAAUUCGUCCUUUCUCCCCGUGGGUCCGGUUACGACUGUUAUCGGACGUCAGUUUGAAGUUUCAUAGUCCAUGCACAACCCGUUGCUUUUUUCAAGAAUAUAGUCUGUUAAUAAAGUUUUUUUGAAUAAAGUGACGUCAUUCGAAAGAUCUCUGGAUGGCUCACUCUCUGAUUCGUUUAUAGGGUCAUUGGGGGCGGAGCUUGAACGAAUUUGAACUAAUUAUAACAGUAGCAGGACUUGUGCUUCCCUUACAUCUCAAUAAAGAGAUUUUUCGUCCUAAAACCUUUAUAAAUCAUUCCUGUGUCCCUUUAAAUUUUUAGCAGCUUUGGAAACUUUGAAAAGUUCAUUCAGAUGGGAAGCGAUCAUAAUGGGCGCCAUUCCGAUCGUCGAAAAAAGCCCCAUCGACGCGAUUUUUGAGAACGAACGUAUUCUGAUUGUUGACAGCUUUGAUGAGGUUUCAAUGAAAAAUUGAGGAUCAAAAAGAGUUAAUUUUAUCAUUUUAUUUCAUACAAAGCUCUAAAAAUGCUCAAUCGAAAAAGUUUUUGAAAAAUUUUUUUCAGAGACUUGAUGACUUGCACUUUAGAAAUAAAAUAAUUUCAAUUUUCUAGAAUUUGAGAUGAAAAGUUUCUUUUUUUUAAGGUCAAUCUUAUAUGCUUUCGUUUUCCCUGAAAAUUUCAACGUUCCUUAAAUUUAUUUAGGCCCUUAGCUCGAAUUUCAGUAAGAUAAAGAGAAAUUCGUGAGGUUCAGUUAAAAAUAAGUGUAUCAACCAGUGACUUACCAAAUAAUAGUUCUUUAAAUACGAUCUCUUUCAAAAAGCGAUUGAUACACUUCAAAUUUUGGUUGUUGAAGAAGGAUCAUAUGUGACUUCUUAUACUGAACGAAGUAUCACAAAAAAAAUAUAUAACUUUUCAGAUCUCAGCAGAACUUUUACGAAAAGCUGAGACUCGGCUGGCCUACAAGAAAUUCGGACUCUCGAAAGUCUUCAAAUCCUACUGGAAGGACAUGUUUCUCGGACCGACGAGGGAAGUGGCUGGAAAUGGAAAAUACCUGCAGAAAUUCUAUAGGGCUUACUGAUUUUUACUAAAUCUUCCAAUAAAAAUUUAUUCGAUGAUUUUUAUCUUGAAAGACAAACAUAAAUGAAGCCCUCAAGUACAGAAUAAUCAUGGAAAAUUUUCCUAGCAAGCUUGGAAAAUUUCGAUUUUUCAUCAGCUGAAUAUUUACUCAGACAAGCGCGAAAUGCAAGUGGUGGUGCUAAAAUGACUACGAGGAUCUCCUGAAUAAAUAUAUCUAAAUGGUCAAAGUGUAUCGUUGAUUCGUAACACCUAUUUCAGCUUUUUCUUUUUCUAUUCCAAAAAAACAAAUUCACCGAUUUCCACCUUUCUCCAUCCGCUACAACCUCCAUUACUGGCAUGAGAGAAGUCAUUAGUUUUCCUCUCAAUUUAAAAAGUAGAUUUACUUCCAGAGCAGUAAAGCGAUCCAAAAAAAUGCGACAUCACGCGAGCAAAAUCGCCCUCUCUUUCAUUUUUGUGGCUUUCUUCUCGUUUUUCAUGCUAAAGAGCCCAAACUUUCCCUCUAGCAUACCUGCAAAGGCUUAUUCGAAAGUUUUUCCUACCCAAAAAUCUUCUACUUGGAAAGUUCUCGACGAUGUCAUUGAUUAUACGUGAGUUCAAUGACCAAUUAAAAAAAUAAUAAUGUUUUCCAGGAGCUGUCCAUUUGAUUCUCCAUUGAGUGUUUACAUUGAAGAAGUGCCUGGAUUUGAAACCUGGGCUAAUUAUUUUCGAGCCGCACACGCGAAAAUAUCUUCUAGUCCUGAAAAUUGCGUGUCUUACUGUGAGCCAGAAUCAAAACUUUCCGUUUUUCUAAGAAGACUGGUGCAAAAGUUCAAAACUUUCCUUCGGAAAUCAAGAAAAAAGAAUUUUUUACACGGUAGUUGAAACUUCUGAGGUUUUGGUCGCAGACACCGUCGAUACGCGCAAAAUGAGAAAAAAUAUAUAUUUUUCUUUCUUUCUUUUUUUGUUUCUGUGCGGAGUUUAACCAGUUUGUAAUAUCAAAGACGCCUUUAAUGCUCAUGCCGUGUUCAAAGUAAUUUCCGCGAAAUUCAAAAAUAGCCGUCAGAGAAAGAGAAAGAUAACUAAAUUUUUGGAGGGUCAGAGACCAUUUUGCAUUUCGCGGAAAUUACUUUGAACACGGCAUCAGCUUCAAGGAGAAGAUUCAUAUUUUUAAAAAUCAGAAGACUUCUUUCUAAGUAAUUCAGAAACGAGGUUUUCUGAUUUAAGCUUUAUUUAUUAUCUUGUUUUCCACUCUAACUUCUUUGAUUUGGUUUUUUUCAGAUAACUUUUUCAAAAGGUUUUUUUACCUGUUCUGUCUAACGCGCUAUGGCAAAACACUGUAGUAAUCAACGUUGGAGACGCGGUAACUUCUGAAGAUUACAAGGCGAUCGUUAUCCAGAGUUAUGUUCAACAAAGUCGCAGGUUUUUCGAAGACUUUUUCAUUUUUUUUCAAGUUCAAAAGCUUAUAGGUUCAUUGAUAUUGCGGCGGAACUCGACCUACCUGAGGUAGUUGAAAAUACUCAACUGGCUCAUCUUUUGCCUUAUAAAAGAUCGGUCUGUUUUUUUCUGUUGGGUAUUUUUUUUAAAAUCUUGUUUUCAGUUUUUCUUGUCCUACAUUGCUACGAAGAAUGAUUACAAUGCCGAUGAAGUUUUUGCGAAAAUCAAAACAUUUUCCAAUUUCUGAUCUCAAUAUAAGUUUCGUAGAUUGUCGGCUUGGAGGUCAACCUCAUAAGGAUUGCUCAGAAGAAAAUUCUAUUAAUGGUUUGAAAAAUCAAAAGAGGUCGCAUUUAAGAUGAGAUUCCAGACACUCGAUUGGCGGAAAGUAUGUUCUUGUGUUCUUUCCGAUACGCCUGAAAUGAUGAAAUAUUUCAACAAAGCUUUACGAGCUGGCUGUGUGCCAGUUAUUCUCUCUACAUCCGUAAUUCUUCCCUUUGAAGGUAGUUUGAUAGGAAACUCACUUGAUUAUGAUUAUUUUAGACCGAAUCGACUGGCAAAAGGCAGUUUUCCGACUUCCUACCCAAAGAACUAGCAGCCUUAUUCCUACGCUCCGUUCAGUCUCUUGGAUUGAUCACCUGGAGAUGAGAAAACGCGGUCGAGCACUUUAUAGAGCUUACAUCGGUAGCCAAAAAGGUGUAGUCAGGCUUGAUGAAAAAAAGACAAUGAAAAAGAGAGAGUUGAGAAACUUGAAAAGAAAAAUCUGACACACCAGGGAAUUUUAUCAGCUCACUUCUGAAUGAAACUAGGCUCACUAGAUAUAGUUUUUCACGUUGAUUCCGAAUCUGUGCUCAAAACUUUCCCUCAAGGCUUGUAAAAAAAAGUUAGGAGCUUUCAAAGUCGAAACUGUCUCCGAGUGAGCUCUUUUUGGAGGGUAUGUAGAUCCUGUCUCACUGGUAAUUGAAUAUUUUUCUUCAAAAAAUUUUUUUGAGCCUAGAUAUGAUUUUUCAAAGCUCCUUGAAGUCAAUCCCAAUUUUUUUUUCCAGUCCUUGCCAAGACAAUCCUUGGAGCUCUCCGCUUCCGCUUACAAAUGACGGCAGAAACAUCGGAAGUUUUGGUCCGUUGAAUUAUUUUUUGAAAUAACACCUUGAACAAUUUUCAGCACCACGCCAAGCCACUUUUCGACGGAGGUUUCUUUCACGGCUCCAGAACCUUUCCCUCCGAUGCCGGCGCCUAAUCUCACUAUCAAGGGUCCUUUUUUCAUUGGACCUCCUUAUAUGCUUCGAUAAAAACUAUACUGUUAAAAAUUUCAAUUUUUUGUAAUUUUCAUGUUAUUUGAGGUGUUUUCAGGUUUCCAUUUCUGUUGUAAAAUUGUGAGAACUCUUCGGUUUUUUAAAGAAAUUUUCGAGAUCCCGCAUUCGAACCAGUCUCUUUCCGAAUCCGAACCUAGCCUCAUCCAACCAAACAUGUCUCAUUCCGAACCGAAAAGUUUUUCUUCCUACCAUCUUUUGAACCAAAAAUGACUUUUUCAAAACCAAAUUAUAAUAUUCCCUCAAAAACCAUCCAGAACUUCCAGUAUAUAGCCGAUUCGCGGUCAACUUGCGACCCUGAGGAGGCGUGGCCUGUCUGCGCUCUACCCCAACCGAGCACUAUAUCUUCCUUUACCGUGUCAGGACCCAUUUUUCAAAGCUCAAGCCAGCCGUAAUCAGUUAUACAAAAGGCCUAAGAAAAUGAAGCAUUAGCGAAGAGAAAAGUCGGAUUAUUUCCUCUGCAGCUCUAAAUUAAAUUGACUGAAUAAAUGGGAAAAAAAAUACGAUUCUAGACAGAAGUUUGAAAUCUUAAUCUGGCAAAAAAGUUGGAAAGCGAAAAUCCUGUUCCCAACGCGAACGGCUAAGGAAAUGAUGUACAGAACGACGGAUAGUUUUUAGAGAGAAAUUAGAUUUUGGUGCGGAAAGAGCCAUUUCUGGUUCGGAAAGAGCUAUUUUUUGGCUCAUAAAGAGCCGUUUUUGGUUCGAAAAAAGCUAUUCUUGGUUCGGAAAGAGCUAUCUUUUGGUUCCUAGAGAGCCGUUUUUGGUUCAAAAGAGCUGUUUUUGGUUCGAAAAAAGCUGUUUUUGGUUCGAAAAGAGCUGUUUUUGGUUCGAAAAGAGCCAUUCUUGGUUUGAAAAGAGCUAUUUUUUAGUUCCAAAAGAGCUAUUUUUGGUUCGAAAAGAAGCAGGUUCGAAUGAGGGCUCGCCAUUUCCCGGCUCAUCCUUUUUCGUAUGAAAUUCUAAAAAAGAUGUUCAUAAAAGUUUAAUCUCAAAAUUUUUCCGUUUUUAUUCUUCUCCUCUAACUUUCUCAAUUUUCAGGACUUCCGAAAGACUUGCUACCUUCCAAUUCUCCGCCUUAUAACCACAAUUUGACUUCUCUUAACUUAGUUUUUCUUCCUGUCAUAGUAUAAACUAUUGAACAAGGUUCAGUACGCCUAUGAACUGUGGAACGUCGACCUGAUGCCGUUCACAACUCCAGAAUAUAUUCUAAAUGCUGCGGAUCCUCCCAACGACAUCAUGAUUCAUAGCGACACGUCGGAAGGUUACCUUUUCCACAAUUUUCAGUUCAAAUUUCUUCAGAAAUCAUGCGAGCCGACACCCCGCCCCAGUUUCAUCAAUUUUUAGGUGGAAAUCAGCCAACCGAGCAAUUCACAAGUUUACUUGGACUUUUUAAAGCGGAAAAUCUACAGUUUUCAGUUGUCUUGAACACUUUCAACCGUGACGAGCUGCUGAACAACUCGUUGCAGAGCUUCGACAACCUUGCCUACCUCAAUAAAGUCAAGAAAAACAUGCAAUUAUUAUUUGAAAUUGUAACUUUCAGGUCGUCGUUGUAUGGUGUGAUACGAAGCGUAAGCCGCCUAGAGUCUGGCCCGAAAUUCAUGUCCCUAUCGAGUUGGUAGUUUCAGGAGAAUAGAAAAACAAGCUGCCUCAGCUUUUUCUAUGCUUUUUGAAGAAUGAAGAAAUCAUUAUGCUUUACAAAACAAAUCUUUGAUAAUUACUCCACAAACUCACUAGGGAACUGCUCGGGCUCGGGUACGUGUAGCAAGUUGAAACUACGGUGAUUUAUAUACCUAAGAGCUUUUAGAAACAAGAGAGAUAAUUUGCUAAACCUCAUAGGCUUUUGAGAAAAAGCUUCUCGUAGUAAUCGAGGAAGAAUCCUUUAUAAAAGUACGAAAUUCGAAGAGAUUUGGAAGUUUUAUCAAUAUAGUUUCUUAUUUCCGAAGGAAUUCAGGAAAAAAUGUUUUCUAAAUCUAGGGAACAACACCGGCAGAGAUCGUAGUUAUACUGGAAGUGACUUUCAUUCACUCGUUCAAUUACUUUUUGAGAAGCAUCUAAACCAAGAUAAAUUUUCUCAAUUUUAUGACUUUUAAAAAGUUUUCUGUCUGUUGGAAAAAUGCAAAAAAGAUUUUCCCUCAACAGGAAUCGAACCUACUCAAAAAAAAGUCGAACCUGAGAAUGGCCCUCUAACCACUGUGCCUGUCGCGAAAAGCGAUCUUUUUUUCUUUUUCCCAAAAAUUGUCAAUUUGUUCCCAUAAAAUAUUUAUUGUGUGGGUGGUUUUAAUAUCUUUCUGGGAAACGUGGGAGUUUUCGUUCUAUAGACUAGGAAGAAGCCAAAAAAACUGUUUAUUCACUUUACAAAAAGUCGAGACUAAACGAAAGUCGAAAAAAACAGUUUUUUUGCUUCUUCCCUUUUAUAGAACGAAAACUCCCACGUUUCCCAGAAAGAUAUUAAAACCACCCACACAAUAAAUAUUUUAUGGGAACAAAUUGACAAUUUUGGGAAAAGAAAAAAGAUCGCUUUCGCGACAGUGCCAGGCAACCUCGGUGAGAGAGGCAGAUUAUUCCUCGAUUUCUUCGAGAAGCUUUUUCUCAGAAGCCUAUGUGGUUUAGCAGAUAUCUAUAUUGUUUCUAAGUCUACAAGCCACCGUAGUUUCAAAUUCAUACGAGUACCCGAGCCCGAAUAGGUACCACUUUGUAAUAAUUUAAAGUUUUCUCAAGAAAACUUCGGCUUUCAAAAAAAUUGUCUCCAGGUUCGUGGCCGCUCCUGACAGCUUGAACUCGAGGUUUAUUCCCUUCGACAAUAUUAAAACGGAAGCUGUUCUAUCGCUGGAUGACGACAUUUUCCUGACACACGAAAUGAUUUUAUUCUCCUUUAGGUUAAUCUAUGAAUUAUUUUCUAAUUUUUGAAAAAUCUAGAGUUUGGCGACAGCACCGAGAUCAACUUGUUGGUGUCGUCCAUCGGGUGAACGGAUACGAGAAUAUUAUUUAUCCUCACGGAGGCGUUUGUCAGUACAAUGUCAUAUUGCCAACUUCUUCGUUUCUGCAUAAGGUUAACAAUUUUGAAAAUGGUUUUUUUCUUGUUUUAAAAAUCGAAUUAUGUUUAUUUUUCAUAAAGAGAAGGGUCGUCUGGAAAAUGAAAGGAACCACAUGCUUAAAUUUGCUUAAAUUGAAGAUUUUCGAUGAUAAUUUUUUUACACAGUUGAAAAGUAUUAGGUUUAUUUCGGUCCUGGGCUUUAUGGUUUCUUGAUUAUUUGCAGUUCAAAACUUACCUUAUUGAAUUAACUUGAAUAUCUCUAAUUUGUAUCUUUUUGAGAGUUACAUGGAAGCGUAUACGUACCACAUGGAUCCCGCCAUACGGAAAACACGUGGACGAUACGAUGAAUUGCGAGGAUUUGGCAAUGAACUUUCUGAUUGCUCACUUAUCAGGGAAGCCUCCGAUCAAAGCGACCCCGCAGAGCGAAUUUAGGUAUUUUUAAAUGUUUCAGCAACUCCGGUUAUCUUUUUCCUGUGCAAAGAUCAAUGAACAGUUUUUUUUAUUUGAAUUUUUUACAGGUAUUGUAAAGGAAAAAGUAAAAAUUUCAGCAAACCCAAAGGAAAGGUUGUGAAGACGAACUUGGGACUUAAACCAAGUCAUUAUCCGGUCAGAAACGAGUGCGUCCAUUUAUUCAUCAAAUUAUAUGGAUACAACCCCUUGAAGUGAGUUUUCAUUCUGAAUAUAAUUGAUUCCUAAUAUUUUUCAGAUAUUCCCAGUUCCAAGCCGUUUCAGUCAUGUUCAGCGAACACCCGGUGCUCAACAGAUGUUUUAAAACUGUUUGAUUUAUUUUAAUUGUAUGAAAUUUUUGAAAUGAUGAAGAUUCUACGUAUUCCUGUUCGUUUCGUUUACGGUGGAGGCCGAUCGUGAAAAUUACUGACUGGAUUUUUCUAUGAAGAACUUUCAACUCCAUUUUAAUUACUAGAAACUCUCCCCCAAAUUUUUUGCAACCAAAAAGGUCUAUUUUAACAUGGAUAUAGUCAAGCUCUCUGUUUAUCCAGCUGCAUCAUGUUGGGCGUCGGAAUUUCUCGCUUCUCUUGUCUCAAGUUCAUUUAAUUACUACUGUUGUACGGAAAUAUGACCAGCUUCAUGUGUUGGAAUUUUGUUUUGUUAUUCAACCUUUGUAUUCUGUCAUUUCUCAUCUUUUUCCAUGUUGAAAGAUUGCCUCCGGCUCAGCGAAAUGUCCGAUUUGCUGAGCCUUCCUUCAUCGAAUCAAUCGAAGAUUUUAUUGAUUACAGGUUAGUUUAUUCUCUUUAAAACCGAACAUUGUAUCUCCCUUCAGUAAAUGUCCCCUCCAUUCGCCGAUGAAGAUUCAUGUCGUGAAAACGGAGGAAUAUCAAUAUUGGACGAGUUUAUUCGAAAAGUCCCAUUCUCCGAUUGCAAAAAAUGCUGAGGAUGCUUGUUUAAUUGUGAAUUUGAACUGGUUUUCAGUGUACUAAUGUAUUUCUAGAUCAAAUUCACGAAUGGGACGCUUCCUAAAGAGCCAACAAAAAAUCUUGUCGUAGUGAAUAUUGGAGAUUCCGUUGACACGCGUCAUUUUCAAGGGACUGUAGUCCAGUCACAUAUUUCUCCGGCCAGACGGUUGGAAAUCGCUUUUUCCUUGAUGUUACUUAUAAAUAUGUUCAGAAGUGUUGAUUUUGCUGCUAGUUUCGAGUUUUUAAAUGGACAAUGGAUUUUUCUGAAGCCACUACUACCUUUUCCGAGAGAAGUUCAAGAAAAUCGCGGAUAUUUGGCAUUGGAGGAAAUUUUCAGAACUUCUUGACGUAUUUUCCUGCAAAAUUUGACUCUGAAACGAAAGGAAUCAUUGAAACUCUGAAACAAGUCGCCGCUUCUCGGAAUGUCGCGUUUCAAGCCGUCGAAUGUAAAGAGAAAAAUGAAUCGUGUGCUCAAACUUUUUCUGUCAAUGGAGUUCGUUCAAGUGAGAUGAGAACAGCUUGAAGACAGAAAAAUCAAUUAAAAUUAUAAUAUUCUCCUGUUCCAUUAGUUCGGUUUCAGACAACUCUCUGACGGAGUCUUUAUUCUGUUUGAUCGAAGAUUCUCCGCAAAUUAUCAAUUUACUUUACAAAUCCAUUUCUUCCGGCUGUGUUCCUGUGCUAUUAUCUACUUCUGCUGUACUGCCUUUUGAAGGUGGAAAAUAUCAUUCUCAAGCGAAUUUAUUUCAAAAAGAAAUUAGAUUUGAUCGACUGGCGGCAGGCUGUUUUCCGAUUUCCCAGCCAAAGACUUCCUGAAAUCAUCCCAGUACUUCAAUCAGUUCAAUGGCUCGAUAUCAUCGAAAUGAGAAAACGCGGCCGGGCUAUUUACACGAAUUACCUCGGGAAAGAGACGGGUUACUGUGACUUUUUAGUGAAAUGCAUCUAAAACCGAAAAUUUCAGUUUUCGCAAAGACUUUGUUGGCUGGUUUAAGGUACCGACUUCAGUUAGGAAGUGAUUCUCCUGAUAAAUUGGUGGAACUUUAUAAUAAUUCAUUUUGAAAUGGAAAAUGUUUUAGCAUGUUGCCAAGCCUCUAUUCGGCGAUUCUUUUGUAGCUCCAGAUUCCUUUCCUCACGAUGGACCGCUCGAAACUGAUAUGCAGGGUAAGUUCAGAAGUCCAACUACUCGUUAUUUUCCGACACAAAUGAUGUUUUAUGGUCUUGAGACUUUUGAAGGAAUGCCGACGGAUCACGAGCCGAUUGAUUCAACUCGGUACGAUCACAACUUCACGUCUCUGAAUUUGGUACUUCUGUUUUCGAUUUUUUCGGAAAUAAAGCCAAUAAAAUAAUAUUUAGUAUGCUCAUGACUUGUGGAACAACGCAUUCACUCCUUUUAUUACGCCAGAAUUUAUAAUCAAUUCUGCUGAGCCACCGGGCAACGUUCAAAUGUUUAAUGAAUCUCGGCACGGUUUAAUUUUUUAAAAAUACUCUCACCUUCCCUUUUUCUAGCAUUAAGUAGAGCCGACACGGCCAGACAGUUUCAUCGGUAUCUGGGAGGAAAUCAACCAACUGAGCAAUUUACAAGUCGAAAAGGAAAAUGGUUAUCGAAAAAGUCGGGUUUUCAGUUGUGAUAACGACUUUUGACCGGGACGAGAUGCUCAACUCGACCCUGAAAAGUUUCCACAAAAUCGCCUAUCUGAACAAGGUUUUCAGAAUGGAGGAAUAUUCCGCCUCAUGGUUUCAGAUCGUUGUCGUGUGGUGCAACGAAAAGAGAAGUCCGCCCAGAAAUUGGCCUCAGAUCCAAGUUCCCAUCGAGUUUGAACCUUCGGCUCUUCUAUGAAAAAGGCCUUUUUCAGAUUCGUUUCCGCUCCGGACAGUUUGAACUCGAGGUUCAUUCCCUUCGACAAUAUCAAAACGGAGGCCGUGCUCUCCUUGGACGACGACAUCGUUUUGAGCCACGAGAUGGUCCUUUUCUCCUUCCGGUACGAUGGACUUGAGACAAACUAGGGAAAAAUAGAAAAUCAAAAAGGGAUGUAAUGAAUUUUAAGAUAUGAUCUCACAAGAGAGAGGACUUUCGAAUUCACGAGUAGAAUUUUCAAUCAAUAUCUUACAGAUUUAUUGGCUUUUUUGUUUCCAUUGUUCAAUUAAACCAGUAGAAUCAUUUUCAAAUACACCCAUCUCAAUUUUAUCACGAAAAAUUUCAUUUAUUUUUUUGUAAAAUGUGACCUUUUGAAUUUUUUUAAAGCUCAGAUCGCCCUUGGAUUUCGAUUUUUUUUUUCCUUAGAAUCUGGCGCGAAAAUCGAGACCAGCUCGUGGGUCUUGUCCACCGGACUACGGACUACAGCCAAGGCUAUCCCACUUAUUCGCCUUCGGGGCCGUGUCAAUUCAGCCUCAUCCUGCCUACUUCAGCUUUCUUGCAUAAGGUGAUCUUAGAAGUGAUUUGAGAUAUAUUUUUUUUCGGCCCAUAUGUAGUUCUAUUGUUUAAAUAUAUUUUCUGAAGGCUUCGAUCUGUUUGUACAGACCUGACCACACUUUUUUGGGUUUCAAUCGACCCGAAUCGAUUAAUUAUUAACGUUUUCCUUUUCUUAAAUUCUAAAUUGAAUGGUUAUCUUUCGGAACAGAACUCGCGAUACAGUCAAAAGGCAUUUUUCUGUAUAGUCCGUCCGCCGCGAAUUGACAGUUUUCGCGUGUCUGCGUCUCUCUGUUCCCUCACCGGCGAGGUCAGAGAAACGCGAAUAUAGAGCGUCAACAUGAGAGAGACCUGCAGAGACGAGGAGGGCGCAGAGAAGUUCCGCCCUUUCAAGUCGCAAAAAACGGACUAUAGAGAGAGAAGCUCUGUGAGAACAGAGAAAAGCGAAUUUUUGAAGGAGUUCCCUCAAAGGAAAUUAUAAAACUAUAUUCCUUCCGAUUUGAAUUUUCAAGUUUCCAGUCCUACCUCGAAGCGUACACCUACCAAAUGGAUCCUAGUGUCCGUGAACACGUCGACGCGACAAUGAACUGUGAAGACAUCGCCAUGAACUUCCUAAUCGCUCAUUUAACCAAAAAACCGCCCAUCAAAACCACCCUUUUCUACAGUUUCAAGUCCGUUCUUCCCAUAAAUCUUGAUUCAUUUUUUUUUCCAGGAUGCCCGAAGGUAAAAUGAAGAAGAAGAGUUUGUCAGCAAAAUCCGGCCAUUAUUAUGUGAGGAGCAAAUGUAUCGAGGUCUUCACCAGCAUGUUUGGAUAUGAUCCUUUGAAGUAACAGUCAAUUUCGCUUCUUGACCCGGCAUUUUUUUUCACAGGUACACGCAAUUCCAAGCCGUCUCCAUGCUCUUCAACAUGCCCGAGCAGAUGGAUAAGUGUUACAGAACUGUGUAA